CGUGAUAGGUAUUGAAUAAUAUUCUGAAUGUUUCCACCGAUGCGAAUGAUGCUGUUAGAAAUCCACUUACCUACCAUGGUAUACUUUUGCAGAACCGCGGCUGUACUUAUCCAGAAUAUCGCCAUCCACCGUCACGAGGAUGCCGAGCAACGUCAGAAGUGCUUGGAAUUCGUUCAUGACAGACUACUUUCUCGGAGUGACAGACUCUUGAAGUCGGUCGAACAACGAUAUUUUCUCGCAAUUGUUUCCACAUCGAACAUCACGAUUCUAAACUCGAUUCUUAACUUUUCAAAGUAAAGAGACGUUCCUUUUCUUAGAGAGUAAAAGGAUAAAACAGCGUUGAACUAAUUUUCUCGACAAGAUUUCGCUUCCUUCUUACGAUCUUAAUUGGAACAAGUGAUCGAUCGCGUUCGUUGAAUCAUUAAUUGUGGCAAUCCAAGAUAGUCCCGUUGCCGCUCGAGGAACAUUGACGUCGGCAUUACAAAGCAAUCCUUGAUCCUUUUAAGGAACUUGGAUCUUAAAAUGUUAAGUAAAUUCGGAAUGACGAACGACCCGGCCAGAUACAGAACGUAUCGGGCAAUUCGAAAUAAUUCGUACCAUGAAUCAUCGAUGAUAUUUAUAUCUUUAUACAGUUUUCUUCUAAAUUCAAGGAUCUUCUUAUGUUUCAGGAGACAAGAAUGAUGGGAAGAAGUAUCUUUAGCUUGUGUAACAUCGAUUUUAAUUAAUUGGAAAGUGAGGUGUAGGAAUGAAACACCCGGUAUAUUGGUCGCGCGUGCAGUUCCUCCUAUGGUUACACUCGAAUCGAUCCAAAUAUGGAUUCAAUCAGCCCGACUCGGUUCGAGACCGAUAGGACAAUUUUAGUUGACUUUUUGGCCCGCUUCGGGCCAAUUGAAACGAGCCGCCUUUACUUUCAUCCGUGUUUGGCAUUGCAGUUCCUGCCACGAUAAUUGUACCGCGUUUAAAUCUUGAUUUUCAAUUUCAUAUUACAUUCCUCGCUUUUCAAAUUCGACUGAUUUUUCCCGUUCAAAGAAAUCGAGUCUAAAGAAGUUCCCAGCCGUAUCCUCCUCGUUUUAUGGAAGAAACGUCAAAGAAAUAAAUCGCUGCGUCCCCGUUUAUCACUCGACGGUCUGCCUUCUAAACACGAAAACACCAACAUUACCGUUGACAGGCAAAAAUGUCAUCGGUACAUCAAAUUACAUCCUCGCUUUCAUCCUGUUCGCCACUCGAAGCCCAGGGUGGUCGCCGUGAUUUAUCGCAAACAAGAAGACUAUCCCGCAUCCCGUUUACGUAAUCCGGUGAACAGAGAAGCGUAAAACUCGCUCCAGUUUUACUCGCUCCUCUCUGUUCAACGAGUCGAUCUCCUUGGACCCUAUGGAAAGAGAUAAAAGGAUAACUCGUGGUGCACGUUGAAGGCUCAGGGGUGGUCCGUUUGCGCUCGUCAUCGCGGCUGUCGAUGACAACCAGUCAUUGGCCGAAGAAUAAUUAAGGUUGGAAGUUGAACGAUAGCAAGGAGAAGGCAUUCAAAUUGCAGGGAUCGACGGAAGCGAGAGACGAAGCUUUCCUGGCAUUUGGACUUGGGAUUAAUUCCGAUUUAUCACCGAUCACCGGUGAAGCAGUGACAGUAUAAAGGGCGGAAGCGUUUCGGUCCCAUCGAUCGACGCGUACAUAUUGCAAGGUGCAUUUCCGGUCCGGCAGCAACCAUGCGCUAUUCAUUGGUGCUUCAAGCGUUCAUCGUCGUUGUGCACGUCGUACCCGAAGCUCGGCUUCAUCGGCCAUCGAACGUCAGGGGUAUAUACACCCUUGAGAAACAUGUCCACGAUCACGAGAUCGUGAUACCUCGAAAAGUGACCCACCUGGGUGAACUUAUCUCGCACAACGUGACCCACCACCAUCACGAGGAUGGACCAGUGGUCCACUAUCGAUUGUCGGUCGGUGGUAACGAGUACCACAUCGAGCUGACCGGGGUGGAAAACUUUAUCGGGCCUGGUAUGGUCGUUGAAAGGCGAAAAAGAGGGAUACAUGUGCGAAGUCGGCCAAAAAAUCGUUCGAGCAAGUGCCAUUAUCGGGGCUUCAUUCAGGGACACACGAAUUCCCAAGUUGCUUUGUCCGCCUGCGAUGGUCUGGCGGGUAUGCUGCGCGGAGAGCACGGCGAGUUCUGGUUGGAACCAGUCGCAGUGUCCCCGGAAGAAGAAGGAGUGAGAGUCGAGGAAUGGCUGGAGGAAGACGCCGGCGCCGGGGGUCGUUCUUUGGACGAUCUGCACCGGAACUCGUUGGCCGGUAGGCCGCAUCUCGUGUUCCGUAGGUCUGUCGAGCAGCCGCAGCUCGAAAUCGGCGCCGCAGGCCGUACCAGACGCCGACGUAAAAAGAAGAGAAAACUCGAGAGAAACUGUGGCACUCGCGAACCGAGGCGAUUAACGGAAACGAGGCUCGAAUGGCAAACGCAGCCGGGUCUCGUUCAGGUUCAAGGGCGAGGACGAAGAAAACAGCAUCAAACGAAACGAUGGCAGCGUUCCAGGAGAUCGAUCAGUCGACCUCGUCACGUGGAGGCUCUGGUUGUCGCUGACACGACGAUGAUGGCUUUCCAUCAGGACGGAGACGUGGAGACGUAUCUGCUGACCAUCAUGAACAUGGUGUCAUCGCUCUACCUGGAUCCUACCAUCGGUAAUUUCAUCAACGUCGUCGUGGUCAGGAUUAUUCUCGUCGAAGAGGAUGAGGCAGAACGUGGCCAUUUACAUUCGGCAAGCCGAGGAACGGUCCAAGCUAACGUUUCUUUUCAGCAAGGGCUGGACAUCACGGUGAACGCGGACAGGACGUUGUACAAUUUCUGCAAAUGGCAGCAAAAGUUGAAUCCAGCGGACGAUUCGCAUCCGAAUCACCAUGACGUGGCGAUUUUGGUGACGAGAGAGGAUAUCUGUUCGAGAGCUAACACACCGUGCAGCACACUGGGGGUAGCCCACGUAGCCGGUAUGUGCCAACCGGAUCGUAGUUGUAGCGUCAAUGAAGACAAUGGGAUCACGUUGGCGCACACGAUCACUCACGAAUUAGGACACAACUUCGGGAUGUACCACGACACGGAGAAAAUCGGUUGCAGCAAACGGGACGGCGACACGUUGCACGUGAUGACGCCGACCUUUGAGGUGGACACCAUAGGGGUUGCCUGGUCCAGAUGCUCCAGGAGGGACAUUACAAAUUUCUUGGACCAAGGAAAGGGCGUGUGUUUGGAAGACGAGCCGGCAGACAACGAUUACGCGUAUCCUGAUUUACCACCCGGCGCGAUGUACAACGCGGAGCACCAGUGCAGACUUCAAUUUGGAGUCCGGGAGGCUUCCGUUUGCUCUCCGUUGCAGGAGAUCUGCUCAAAAUUAUGGUGUAUCGUCGACGGUACUUGCACCACCAUGCUUCAUCCGGCUGCUCCGGGGACGCACUGUGGAAAACACAUGUGGUGCCAAAAUCAAGAAUGCGUGCCGAUCGUGGACAGGCCACGGCAAAUCGAUGGUGGUUGGGGUGAAUGGGGUUCGUGGAGCGAAUGUUCGAGGAGCUGCGGCGCGGGUGUCUCCAUCGUGGAACGGAAAUGCGACCAUCCGGAACCAGCCCACGGGGGUAAGUUCUGCAUCGGCGAGAGACGACGGUACAAGAUUUGCAACACCCAACCGUGCCCCGAGGGCACGCCCAGCUUCAGAGCGAUCCAGUGCAGCAAUUACGAUGGCAAGGAGUACAAAGGGAAAAAUUACACUUGGUUACCCUAUUUUGAUCAAACGGAACCUUGCGAAUUAUACUGCACCGACACAGAGGAGAGCGUGAUCGUGCCAUGGGGUGAAGCUGCCCUCGACGGGACACCCUGCAACGUCGGUACCAGAGACAUGUGCAUCGCUGGAAUCUGUCGGAAAGUCGGCUGCGAUUGGACCGUCGAUUCCGACGCCACAGAAGACCGUUGCGGCAUUUGUCACGGUGACGGGACGCAGUGCGAGACAACAGGAGGAAUUUACGACAAGAACGAUGGUCCCGGUUACAAGGAGGUUGUAGUCGUACCUUCUGGCUCGAGAAACAUCAAAAUCGAAGAGAUCGGCAACAGCAAGAAUUACAUCGGCAUUGGGGUACCGAACUCUGACAAGUAUUUCCUCAAUGGAAAACGGCAGAUCACCUUAGCAGGGGAGUAUGAAGUUGCUGGUACUCCAGCUCUCUACGAACGAGAUCGAGAUAGGGAAAAAGUUCGAAUCCCUGGACCUAUUCGAGAGGACAUCGCUGUAUACUUGAUUUCCAGAGGGCACUAUCGUAAUUUCGGGCUGCGGUACGAGUACACUGUACCGAAGAAAGAACCCGAUCGAGCACCAGAGUACUCUUGGUUAUUUUCCGACUGGUCACUGUGCACGGCCACUUGCGGUGGCGGUACGCAAACCUCGAAAGCGGUCUGCAACGAAAAGAAGAGCGGAAUUGUCGAGGACCAGUUUUGCGAUGGUAUCGAGAAGCCGGAAUCGAUUUUGCGGGAAUGCAAUCUGAAUCCCUGCCCUGCCAGGUGGUGGAUCGGUCCGUGGCAAAUGUGUCCGGUAACGUGCGGAGAAGGUGCGCUUCGAAAACGUUCAGUGAUGUGCGUCUCUUCGGGGAUGGGUCCUAAUCGAUCCGACUUAGCCUUGCCCGACAGAGAUUGCAAUAGGGAUGUGAGACCCGAAGAAGUCAGUCCUUGUCCGAACUUACCACCUUGUAGCUCCACCGAACCACCUUUGAUCGUGUACGCUGACAACAAGGACGCCUCAUUCUACAAUGUAAGCUCGAACGAUCAGGACGGUAUCACGAUCGUCGACGGAUUAACCACGGAGGAACCGGAAAUCCUCGAGUUUGAUAACGUGGUCGACGAGAACCCGGACAAUUCCAGGUAUAAUACCAAGUCGAAGUGGAUCGUUUCAAAAUGGAGCCACUGCACCAAUGGAAAGAGGAGCAGGAAAGUUAGCUGUUCGGUUCAAGGAUACUGUAGUCUCGAGAACAAACCCGUCAGCGUUGAACUUUGUCAGGGUGGUAGAUGGGUGACUGGAAGAUGGGGUUCCUGCAAUGCAACCUGUCUCGUAAGGAUCGGUAUUAAACGGAGGGAAGUCGAAUGUCGCGAUCGUAUAACGGAAUUGCUGUCCAACGAUUGCAACCCUGAGAGGAGACCAAUCGACACAAGACGUUGUUAUCAUAGGCGGCAAUGCACGAACGACAAAUCCGAAUGCAAGGACACCAUAGUACCAGCCUCGAUGUGUGCAACCUAUAAACGAAUGUGCAAUGUUUCAUUAAUCGUACAAGAGAAAUGUUGCGCCACGUGUUUCAAGAAACGAAGACACGGUCGUCACAAUAAAAGGCAUAUUCUUGACGAUUGAUCAGUCUAGAAGUGCAAAGUAUUAAAAUAGAAAUAGUCAUGAUUCGUAUAGAUGAUUCUCUGCAUUACAUUCGAUGAACACUCACGAGGGAACCCCAGACUUAAUUAACUAAGAACUCGGAAACUUAAUGCCAUGACUAUUAUUUUUUUAGCACUUUAUAAUAUCAACGAAUUUUGAGUCAAUCGUGAGAACGCUUCCCGUGAAACAGGGUCCGUCCUAGUUCCGUACUUGUUUCGAGAACAAGUUCGUUGAACAAUAAUACAAAGUACUCGUGAUACUGUGAAAUUUUUAACAAACUCAGAAGGAACUGCAAAAAGAAAAAAAUAAGAAAACGAUAAAGCAAAUAAAUGAAAAUACAUUUAAACAUUCCAAUUAAAACGAUAUUACGUUUGUGAUUCUAAACGAUACGCUAUAAAUUGUAGUUGUUCUUAGAAACUUUUUUUAAAUUUUGUUGAGUACAGGCAGUAUGUAACUUAGUUGUAUUAAUAUUGUAGAUAAAUCUAAGACAAGCGUUUUGUAAUUUUUAUAGUUCUAGUAAUUUAACGGUGCAAAUAAAAGAAUUAAUAAACA